UCCGCGAGAACUGGGGGAGGAAUUUGCAACAGUGAUCUCCGCGGAGCAAUGGGUUUUGCAGUGAAAUUCCUGCUCUGUGCAAUAUUAGCGGGGGCGAUAACACCCGUCGAGGCUGCAGACCGUAAAUCCAUACCCUCAGAGAACUUGCUGGUUAUAACAGCAGCUACGAGAGAGACAGAUGGGUUCAAGCGCUUCAUGAGAACAGCCAGACAGUUUAACUACACAGUCAAGGUCCUGGGCCUGGGGGAGGACUGGAAGGGGGGGGACGUGGCGCGCACUGUGGGAGGUGGUCAGAAGGUGAGGUGGCUGAAGGAGGAGAUGGAGCAGCACGCUGACAGGGACGAGCUGGUGGUGAUGUUCGUUGACAGCUAUGACGUGAUCUUUGCCAGCGGCCCUCGAGAGCUGCUUUUGAAGUUUCAGCGUUUCAAUCACAGGGUGGUCUUCUCGGCCGAAGGGUUCUGCUGGCCGGACCAGAAGCUAGCGUCCAAGUACCCCCCUGUGUACAACGGCAAGCGCUACCUUAACUCUGGAGGAUUCAUUGGCUAUGCGACUGACCUCAGCCGGCUGGUUCAUUCGUGGACGCUCCGCGAUGAUGACGAUGACCAGCUGUUCUACACCAACAUCUACCUGGAUAAAAUCCAUCGGGAAAAAUUCAACAUGACGCUAGACCACAGGUCAAAGAUAUUUCAGAAUCUCAACGGCGCUGUCGAGGAGGUGGUGCUCAAGUUCGAGAAGGGGCGUGUCCGAGCCAGGAACGUGGCCUAUGACACGCUUCCUGUCGUCAUCCACGGAAACGGGCCCACUAAGCUCCAGCUCAACUACCUGGGGAACUACGUACCGACCGCCUGGACUCACGAGGGGGGCUGCGAGAUCUGCAACGCUGACCUGCUGGAUCUCACGCAGCUCCAGGACGAGAAGCUCCCGCAGGUUUGGAUCGGCGUCUUCAUCGAGCAGCCCACACCCUUCUUCCCAGAGUUCCUGGAGAGGCUGGUAACCAUGGACUACCCGAGCGACAAGAUCAGCCUGUUCAUCCACAACAACGAAGUGUAUCACGAGAAGCACAUUCAGGCCUUCUGGGAAAAACACAAGGACAAGUUUCACAAAACCAAAGUCGUCGGAGUGGGGCCUUACGGGCCUCCCUUGGACUUCGUACCGCUCAGGUACAUGGGCAUGGACUCCUGCCGUCGGGACCCGCGCUGUGAUUACUACCUCAGCAUUGACGCAGACGUGGCGCUGGUCAACCCAGAGACCCUGAAGAUCUUGAUCGAAGAGAACAAGUCUGUGAUCGCUCCUAUGAUGUCUCGUUCCGGCAAGCUCUGGUCUAAUUUCUGGGGUGCGCUCAGCCCGGAGGGGUACUACUCCCGCUCAGAGGAUUACAUCGAGGUGGUGCAGGGCAAGAGAGUGGGCGUGUGGAACGUGCCCUACAUCACGCAGGUGUACCUGGUGAAGGGGCAGACCCUGCGCAGCGAGCUGGCUUACAGAGACAUGUUCACCCAGGAGGGCAUGGACCCCGACAUGGUGUUCUGCAGGAACGUGCGGGAGCAGGGGGUGUUCAUGUUCCUCACCAACAGGGAUGAGUUUGGCAGGCUGGUCUCCACCGCCAAUUACAACGCCAGCCGUCUCCAUAGCGACAUGUGGCAGAUCUUCGAGAACCCGGUGGAUUGGAAGGAGAAAUACAUCCACGAAAACUAUUCAAAAAUAUUCGAGGAAGAUGGUACAGUGGACCAGCCCUGCCCAGAUGUAUACUGGUUCCCUGCUUUCUCCGAUAGGAUGUGUGAUGAGCUUGUGGAAGAAAUGGAGAAUUUCGGCCAGUGGUCUGGAGGCAGACACACGGACGAGCGUUUAUCGGGGGGUUAUGAGAACGUUCCCACCGUCGAUAUCCACAUGAAUCAGAUCGGCUUCGAGAAGGAGUGGCUGAAAUUCCUAAAGGACUAUAUCGUUCCCGUCACGGAGAAGCUCUACCCAGGCUACUAUCCCAAGGCCCAGGCUGUAAUGAACUUUGUGGUUCGGUACCGACCAAACGAACAGCCUUCUCUGCGCCCUCACCACGAUUCAUCCACGUUCACCAUCAACGUGGCUCUCAACAGCAAAGGACAGGACUACCAGGGGGGCGGCUGUCGAUUCCUUCGCUACAACUGCAGCGUCGAAGCCCCCCGCAAAGGGUGGUCUCUCAUGCACCCCGGCCGCCUGACGCAUUACCACGAGGGCCUGCCCACCACGCAGGGCACAAGAUACAUCAUGGUCUCCUUCGUGGACCCCUAGACUCGAGAGGGGGGCGGAGGGAGACCUGGGUUCAUGUGAUGCAGGCGCAGAGGAAACUGCCACCAUUUUGACUCCAACGUGGUCAGGAUUGUGUACCGAGCUGAAGAGGGGAUCGAGCCAAAAUGGCGGACACUGGUCUACAGUUUCCUCGUCCCACCCUCCAUUCCUUUUUUGUAGGUUGAUCAGAGGCGAUUUCUAAUGAAAAAUUCCAAACGCUUAGUUUCGAGGUUGCUGUAUAACCCCCAUAUAUAUAUGUGUGUGUUAGAAACAACGGACCCAGUAAAGCUUUUUGUAAUUCCAUUAAAAUAAUAAUAAUAAUACGAAACGAAUAACAGACAAACAGACCAAAAAAAAAAAAACUAUCCUUUAUCAUAUAUUGAAGAAGCAAGAUCUGUGUGUUUUUAAAAAAAAAAUUUAAAAAAAUUAUUUGUAAAAUUUUUUUUAGAAUUGUUUUAUUUAAAAAUCACAAGGGGAAGCUGGCGUUGUGUGUUUGUGUGUUUGUGUGUGUGUGUGAGAGAGAGUGAGUACAUUUGUGUGUUGCUGCAGGGGAGUGUGCCAGUGCCAGCCUAUAGAAAAUUGCUUGUAGUUUUAUUUUUGAUUCUUUUAAAUAAAGCCUUUUUUUACAAAGAGGUUUCAGUUCGCUGCUGUGUGCCCUGAUACCCUGGCUCGGUUCAGAUCCGAUUCAGAGAGAGAGCGGAGAGUGACCGAGCGAAUCCACACACCAAGCGAUCGGGCGAAAAACAGCAAGCGAGGUCACACGGGCACUGCUGAGUUUACCCUCAGAGGUGCCCAGAAAGCAAGCAAGCAAGCAAGCAUUGUGUGAGGUUUGGAAAUAAAUAACGGAAAAACAGAAUCCAAGCAACCAGUCCGAAUCCAGAACAAGCCAGGAGAAUUUCAGAAUCCCAGGUCCCUGAUCUCGUGUGUGUGUUUUAAUGAUCCAUAAGAACUUUAUUAAUUAUUAUUAAUAAUAAUAAUAAAGAUGCUUCAGUUGUA